UCAAAUGAAAACAUUGGAUUAUAAGAUAAUAUUAAGAAAAAUCAGUGGGAGAGAGAGUGAAGAGGUUCCGAGAGAGAACCCAAGGGAGAAACGGCGCUAAGUUAUGGAGGAGGAAAAAGCGGCGGCUUACUACGACGAGCUCACGCGUAAAGGAGAAGGAGCUGCUCGUUUCAAGCAAGGCCUCGGCUUCUCCACCGGAGCCAACGCCGUUCCGGAUAGAGGAUCGGCGAUUGCAUCGUCGUCUUCGUUUCUCAACCAGUUCGUCAAGGCUUCUAACCCUACUAAAUCCACUGAUAACAAGGAUUCCGAGAUCCGAUCCAUCAGAGAUAAAUUGAAGAAGAAACCUGAAGAUCCUAGAGUUCCGGAGAGGAGCUACAGAGAAUCGAGUGAACGGCGUCGUUAUCCGAGUAGAGAGAGGGAUGAGAGAGAUAGAAGCCAUAGGCGGAGAAGCAGGAGCAGGAGUACAGAGAGACGUAGUAGGUAUGGGGAUAGAGAGAGACGGAGAAGCAGGAGUAGGAGUGCAGAGAGGCGUAAUAGGUAUGAUGAUAGAGAUAGACGGAGGAGGAGGAGGAGCCGGAGCAAAAGUUCGUCGCCGAGAAGAGAACGUAGGAGGAGAGACGAUGUUAAGGAGAAGAAGAUUAAUUACUCGCGGUUAAUCAAAGGCUACGAUGAGAUGUCAGCUGCUGAAAAAGUGAAGGCCAAAAUGAAGCUCCAGCUUGAUGAAACUGCUGAGAAAGAUACCAGUAAGGGUGCAGGAUGGGAAAGAUUUGAAUUUGACAAAGAUGCUCCAGUUGAUGAUGAAGAAGUAGAAGAAGGUACUGACGAUGAUGCUGCCUUAGUCAAGCGCAUGGGACAUAGUUUUAGGUUUUCCGCUAUCGAGGCGAAAAGGGAAGAUCAACUAAAAGCCGCCCACGAUGAGGCCAUGUUUGGAGUACCCACAUUCCAAACUCAUACCGAUAACACCGAAUGUAAUGGUACAGAGACAACUAAUGUUGAGGACGAUGAAGGAGAAAGCAACAGUGGCACGAUAAGUCUUCUAAGCGAAAAGGUGCUUGCAAAACAGCAAGGAUCUUGGCGUGACAGAGCUCGCAAGUCAUGAAAUUCAUAUAUAUAUAUAAUGGAACUAUGGAAGUCAUGAUCGUUUUGUUUCUUGUACAAAUUCUGUUGAUGUGUUUGAAAGUGAUUUUUCUCAUAACACUCCGAUAUCAGUUACCAUUUUGUUUUGUAAUCCAUUUAAAUUGCCAAUCGAUGAAGUUGGAAAAUAUAAUUGGAUCAUGUAA